AAAUAAAACUGAAGCAACGACCCCUUACUAUCCACACGACAAUAACAAGAAGAACAGCAAUACCACAGACGACAACAAUGGAGAGCUGAGAAGUUUCUCUUCUCUGUUGUUCACUUAUUCUUUUCUUCCACGUGUGGAAAUUGCGGGAACAUGAAGUUCUUGUUGGAGCUAGUGUCGUGUUGUGGAUCACCCGAGGCGGGCGGAGCCAGUCCCGUGGCGGAGCGUGUGGAGCCGAGAGUGGAGGAAACGAGGUCGUUGAUGCGCCGGAGUUACCGCCGGAAGAGACGGGGGAGGUCUGGCUGUAGCGGCGGUGCUUCGGCAGAGGAAUGGAAGCCGUCGUUGUGUUCGAUUUCUGAAGAUUUUGUGAUGGACAGGACCAAAAGCGAAAGAGAGAGAAGCUUUAAAAGGAAAAACGGUGGAUCGCAGCGAGACAAAGCUCGCGUUCGUAGCUGUAGCCGCGAUUUCGGGCAGAAUUCAGGGCCAUCCAUUAUUCCCACAUUCUCUGCAACUCCAUUCAUGUUUUGAUGGCUCUGCACUUUGAUUAAAAAAAUUAAUCUAAAGUCCAAGAUUGGAUUUAUAUGUGAA